AUGUCGUGUGGGCAAAAGCCGGUAUUGGUACUAGGAGAUUUUAACGCCAGGUAUCCCGCGUGCGAUAUGGGCAAAGCUAAUAGUAGGGGAAGGAUCAUAUCGGAGUGGACUGGGAGCCUCGACCUAGUUUUGCUAAACGAUGGUUUUGUUCCCACUUGCGUGCAUCCACGGAGGGAGUCGAGCAUUGACUUAUCAAUGGCCUCCUCUUCAGUGGCGCGAAUGAUCGGUGGCUGGCAGGUGGCGGUGGACAUCGAGUCCCUUUCGGAUCACCGCUACAUUUUCAUGAGGGUACAAGAAUGCGUAGUUGGUCCUCCUAGAAAAAAUAAGUCGGAUAGGUACUUUCCUCGAUGGAAUAUUAGUAAGAUAAACAUUGAUCUUCUCAACGCGACGGUCAGCAUUAAGGCUUGCCCUUCCCCUCAUGGGGAUGUGGCGGCUGAGUUCCUAGCUGGCGGAUUGAGCAGGGCACUGGCGGAGAUAUCGGACGUCUCAAUGCCGCGUGUGAGGUCCACCGGUAGACCGUCGGUUUACUGGUGGAAUGAAGAGAUCGCGGAAUUGCGGACUCGCUGUAUGCAGGUCCGCAGAAGAAUAAUUAAACGACGGAAAAGGUAUAAGGACUCCGAGACGGUCCGGGGUCUCUGGGCAGAGCUGAGGGACGUGAGGAGUGCUCUUAGGGGUGCCAUUAGGAGAUCCAAGAUAAGCCUGUGGCGGGGCCUCUUGGAUACUCUGGACAGGGAUCCCUGGGGUAUGCCAUAUUGCAUUGUUCUUAAUAAGUUGCGGGGGGUGCUCCCCGGCUCACCGAGACUCUCCAGCCUGCAGUGGUAG